GAUGAUUGUUAAGAUGAACAGGCGAUAAAAAAAAUAAAAACCAAUCUUACGCAGCGCCUGCCUGAGCGGCUGUUGGUGCUCAAACUUUGAUGUGCUCAGGCUUCUCGACCGUCCUCAGAAUCAUUUACCUAUUGGUCAAUUGCGCAGCUCCUGCAGGCGGUGUUGACCGCCCGCUCUCGAGCCACUGCAAUCCCGACAUUCAUUCCACAGCGCUAAAACAACGGCACGCCGUCAGUCAAUUCGACAGCUUCCCCGCCGCUCCGAUUGGCACCAGAUCAGCGUUUCGCUGUGCUGUCCUCGCCGACCUCCAACAGAACACCCUUCCAUCUCCCUGCUGCAGAGGGAAGACGCGGGCUCCAACAAGAGAACGAACAAGCGUGCACCACGACAGGAGGAGAUGCCUGCCAGCCCGCUUCCCCGCCGAAUGGGCUGCCUCCCGGCGCCCGGGGAAAUCCAAAGUGCAUGAAUUCGGCCGCCCUGAUCUCAAUUCAGAAAUCCAGCCAACCCCGAGUCUGAUCGCCGACCAGGGCCACCCAGAGCUUAAUUCUGCCACUUGCCGGACCCUGCAGGGUGAGGUGGUGCUGUCUUUGCGCUCUGUUGCAUGCACUGCAAAUCCGGAAACGAGCAAUCAGGUUCCGUUGCCAGCAACUCGAGGGGCAUCAGCAUCCGGGUACCUGGCAGACGGGCCAAUCGAUGAGUUUGCCCCAAAACAACAACAUCAACCAGGCACGGUAUGCCUGGCAAGGACGACGCGUCAAGUAUUAUCAACAAGUAUAUGUUGUGUCGGCCUUCGUCCCAUGGGCAGAGACUGUCCUGAUCGCAGCGGCCCCCCGCGUCGCCCUGCCUCAUCACCCCGCUCUCCUCUCCUCUUUAUGUGUGUGAAUCCCAUUCACGAAACCCGAAACACAGAGGCGUGGCCCUAUCAAAAACCCGCACCCCCCAAUUGAUCACACCCCCCGUCCUCUUCCUUGCUCGCGGGGACGGACGUGAUGCAAGGCUGGCCCUUUGCCGCUGCCUGCCACACCCACCCACCAUCCCGAAUGACUGCUCAGGUGACGAAUCGUUUGUGUCAAUUGACCACCACCCCAUUUCUGAGACCUGGUCGGCAUUCGUGUGGGGAGCUAGACUGGAUUUGUCGCAGUCGGGGCAUGUCAAUGGGACGGGGGUUCGACCUGACGGUGUCAUGUCUCACUGCAAAUAGUCAUCCCACACCCUCUAGUCUCAAAUAAUCGAUCACAGGCACCGGUUAGUGUGAUGUGGGGGAUGGUGUGCAGACGGCAAAAGCAAGGAAUGGACGAAUGUGAAGCAGGUUUCGAAACGGAGUUCAAUUCUCAAAC